AUGCAAUAAUUACUUUUAUUUGUUUAUUUGUUGUUUAUUUUUCUGCUGCAUCAUACUUUCUCUAUACAAUUUUAUUAUAUUUAAUUUCAAUAGUAAAAAUUUGUAGCAGUUGAGAAAGUAACAAAAAAAAUGAUUUUUAUUGUAUAUUGUGGCAAUUUUCUUGAUUUUCCUACAACAUAAGCUGCAAAAAUAAAAGGAUUAAACGUAACUUAAUUAAUUUCUGUAUGUAAAAUAAUAAAGCGAAUAGCAAGUAGAUUUUUAAAAAAAUAUAUUCGAAUUAUUAAAAUCUUAUUAAAAAAUUUUUUAAAUUUCAGGAUAUUCUCAUUACAUAUUAAAUAAUUUCUUAACUCUUUCUUAUGUUCAUUUUGCAUUAAAUUUUCAGUAAAAUGUGAAAGAGAAGGAAGAAAGAAAGAACAAACUAAAAUUGAGUGCGCAAAUAGCAGCGAAUUUAAACUUUGCGAAUUCGUAAAAAUCUUAUGGAUUUUAAAUUAUUUGAAAUUCAAUCAUGCUAAAUAUAAAAUAUUCUAAUUUAGAUAGCAUCAUAAAUUCUUUCUUUUCUAAGCUAUAGUAAUCUUCUAAAAAAUUCUUAAAUAUCAGUCCAUCUGUAUGUAUGAAUAAAAGAAAGAAUAAAUCCUAAAAUAUUAGAAUUACUGUGGAUUUAGUGAAAAAUAUUUGAAAAGUAAAUUAAAUAAUUUAAUCAUUCGAUUCGAUGGAUGGAUCGAUUGA